CCGGGUUACGGCUCAGAGGCUGCAGUUGAGGGAAGAGUAUUGGAUCAGCUGCUCUCUGGGUCCCAAUGUGCAGGAUGGCGAAUCCUCUAGGAAUGAGCUUGGUGCUCGCCGUGACUCUCAUGGCAUCGGUCAGUAGUGGGACUCUUACCCAUAUAUCCCGGGAGGAGCUGUACCAUCGCCUGGCCAAUAAGCACAUGGUGCAAGGGAAGGAGCUGCAGGAGUUCGUUAAUGUCCCCAGAGAUGGAGUUUACUUGGAACUUUUGGCCAAGGACUGCCGAGGGGCCUUCUUGAACCUGAGGCGGCAGAACGGGCUGUACGUGAUCCACCCCAAAAACUCCCCCCCGAUGGCGGUAUAUUGCGAUGUCAGCGAGCAAGGUCAAGGCUGGACAGUCCUGCAGAGGAACACAUUGCAGAAGACCCUCUUUGAAGACCCUACCUGGGGCACGUACAAGGAGGGCUUUGGCAAUCUAAUGGCCGAUCACUGGUUGGGCAACGAGAUGAUUUACCUCCUCACCAGGCAGAACACGUUCACAGUCAGGUUCAGCGUUGUGGAUGCUCAGCAUAAGGAGCACCACGCAGACUACUCCAGUUUUAGGGUGGACAGUGAGGCCAAUAACUACCCACUGAGGCUGGGGGAUUACUCCGGGGGUGCGGGGGAUGCACUGACGGCCAUGAACGAGACAGGCAUGCACGAUAACAUGAUGUUUUCUACCAAAGACAGAGAUAAUGAUCGAUGGAGAAAUAACUGUGCUGAGGAGAAAAGGGGAGGCUGGUGGUUCGAUAGUUGUGGUUCCGCUCUGCUCAACAGUGACCACAUUAUUUACUGGAGAGGUUUGUGUGAUGAAUCCAACCCCUGCUCUUCCUCCAGUAUAAUGAUUAAACCCAGUAAAAAGAACUGCUCUCCUAUCCCAUUCCCAGGUCCUGGCGACCACAUUCCCAUUCAUCAAAAGCGUUAGGGACCUUCGCAGUCUGUGUAGGGACCCAGAUACUCAUGGCUUCUUCAGUUAGUGACCUUCUCACUCUAUGUAGGGACCCUGAUACUCAUUGCUUCAUCAAUUAGGGACCUUUCUUUCAAUGUAGGGACUCUGAUACUCAUGGCUUCUUCAGUUAGUGACCUUCUUGGUCAAUGUAGGGACCCCAGAUACUUAUGGCUUCUUCAGUUAGUGACCUUUCUCUCAAUGUAGGGACCCAGAAACUCAUAGCUUCUUCUGUUAGUGACCUUCUUGGUCAAUGUAGGGACCCCAGAUACUCAUGGCUUCUUCAGUUAGUGACCUUCUUGGUCAAUGUAGGGACCCCAGAUACUCACGGCUUCUUCAGUUAGUGACCUUCUUGGUCAAUGUAGGGACGCCAAAUAGUCAGGGCUUCUUCAGUUAGUGACCUUUCUCUCAGUCUAGGGACCCAGAUACUCAUGGCUUCUUCAGUUAGUGACCUUCUUGGUCAAUGUAGGGACCCUGAUACUCAUGGCUUCUUCAGUUAGUGACCUUUAUCUCAAUGUAGGGACCCCAGAUAUUCAUGGCUUCUUCAGUUAGGGACCUUUCUUUCAAUGUAGGGACCCUGAUUCCAUGGCUUCUUCAGUUAGGGACCUUUCUUUCAAUGUAGGUACCCUGAUACUCAUGCCUUCUUCAGUUAGUGACCUUCUUGGUCAAUGUAGGGACCCUGAUACUCAUGGCUUCUUCAGUUAGUGACCUUUAUCUCAAUGUAGGGACCCCAGAUACUCAUGGCUUCUUCAGUUAGGGACCUUUCUUUCAAUGUAGGGACCCUGAUUCCAUGGCUUCUUCAGUUAGGGACCUUUCUUUCAAUGUAGGUACCCUGAUACUCAUGCCUUCUUCAGUUAGUGACCUUCUUGGUCAAUGUAGGGACCCCAGAUCCUUAUGGCUUCUUCAGUUAGUGACCUUUCUCUCAUUGAAGGGACCCAAAUACUCAUGCCUUCUUUAGUUAGUGACCUUCUUGGUCAAUGUAGGGACCCCAGAUCCUUAUGGUUCUUCAGUUAGUGACCCUCUUUGUCAAUGUAGGGACCCUGAUACUCAUGGCUUCUUCAGUUAGUGACCUUUCUCUCAAUGGAGGGACGCCAGAUAGUCAUGGCUUCUUCAAUUAGUGACCUUCUCUGUCAAUUUAGGGACCUACAGUUUCUUUGAGAGUUGGUGACCCUCUCACUCAAUGUAGGUACCCCAUGGUCUCUUCAGUUAGUGGCCUUCUCAGUCUAUGUAAGUACCAGAUACUUGUGGACAUGCGGUUAGUGUCCUAAUGUCAAUGUAGAGAUCCAAAUGACUUGUGACUUUGUCAGUCAGGGACCUUCUCAGUCAACGUAAGGAUCCAGCUUACUAGUUUGUUCUUCUCACAGUUUCUUGAGUGACACUAUAAUGUUGUUUAAGGACCUGCUAGUUUGUCCCAUUAGGGAAGAUUCCUGGGGGAAGCCGCGUCGUUGGCGUAUUCAUAUUAAAUCCAAAAUACUGUACAAAAUUGGAGCUAAAAUGAAUUAAUUUGCAACUUAUAUGUAGAAUUCUGACACCUUGCUUGUAUUCUGGGUUUUUACAAAGAAACAUCAGUCCUGUGUUUAGAGCGCAAGCCUUUAGGCACUAAUAACACUGUAUGUCGUACAAUGAUUGCUAUCAGCCGACCCUUUAUAUCCAAUAAAUCUGCAAUAAUAACCUG